AGGUUGAGCUGUGUUUGUUGUAAAAAUGAGCGAGAUGCAGCGAUAUUCGAACGUCACAAACCCUCGCCAUGUUGUACGGGGCUCGUGGCCAACCAUAUGUUCUCUGCUCUCAUUUUUGUUUACAGUUGGUCUGUCAUUCUCACCGGGCGCUGUAGAGAGAAAAAAAAGAAAAGAAAAACACGAACCGUCGCCUGCAGGGCCAGCUUUAAAUACUCUUUCCACCGGUGGUCCCUUCGCUUUUCGCCCGCUGCCUUUCCGUCCGGCCGGCGAACCCAUCCGCCGGAGUGCGACUGCGGAACAAUAGCAUGCUCUCACACACAGCGCGCAGUUCGCGGUAAACAUCUGAUCGAUGCGGUUCAUGUGGUUCCGUGUGUCACACCGAUCGGUCUUCGUGCACUAUCUAGGCAGGAGGGUGGUUGGUUCCUGUUAGUUUUUUUCCACAACCCUCUCCGCUCUCUUGGUUCUCCAUUAGUCUGAUUUGUGUGCGGAAUCAAGCCAGCAAUCGCCUACUGCUGAAACAUCGAGAAAGUCAUAUCCCGGUGUGAUUCUUGCGUUUGGUUGCGUGUGUGGUAAAAGUGUUCGAAAUUUGGUGCUUUUAGUAAAGUUUGGUGUCCAUUGAGACCAUUUAUUUGUGUGCGCCGGCCAGCCGCAUGAACCCGCGUCCGGAGAAAGAGUACAGUUGGAGCCGAAAAUUUCAUCCAGUGUAGUGGUUAAAUUGGAUUCCGUUAAUAGCUGCCAGCCCAGUUGAACGCGUCCGAGGCGACAAAUCGUUCCGCAGGCUAGACCGUCUCGUCUCGAUUAACGCCGACAUCAGUACAAUGCCGCGAUAGAGUGUAUGCUUUCCACAGCUUCUGGUAUCAACUACAACAACAAAUUAAUUGUUUGUGGGCGGAAACUAAACGGGUACUCUAGUUUGGAUUUAUUCGUUAUGCCUAUAACAGACAAGCCGCGAUUAAAUCACUCACAAAAUGCCAAAAAAACCAUACCAACUACUCCCAACCCAUGGGUCAUCGGCGGUCCACCGGGUGGCAAAGACGCCGUUCUGGCAUUUCGUACCUACGCUCUUUCGCCGGCGGUUUCAGAGAAUGGCACGGAUCUGUCUCCCGGGGGCAGCCCCUCUGCCACAUCAUCGUCGGACGCUACGUCCAGCUCGUGCCCAACCGAUCCUGUAGCUACCGGUAGCGCAACAACCGCUCGGCUGGCCGAGCUAAAGAGCGCAAGCAAAUCAUCCACCGCCACUGCCACCCAUUCUUCACUGCCGAAAAAUUUUAACGUACAGCGAAAAACGCGCGGAACGGCACCGAGCAGAAGCAGUACCACUACCGAGGACGAAGAAGACGAGGAGGAUGGCGAAGAUGGAGAGGAGGAAGACGAUGACGAUGAGGAUGAGGUAGACCAGGAUGAGGAAACUGCAGCACGGGAUGUGGACGUGCAGGACGAGGAGAUCGACGAGGAAGAAGGUGAGGGUAACGACGACGAGGAGGGUGGAGAUGAAACGGAUGCCGGUACAACGUCGCAAGAGGAGUCAAGUCCUGCCAAGGGCAAGCCGACUGUCGGCGAAGCGGCGCGCACAAAUAAACCCAAAAAACGCCAACUGGAGUCGUCCUCCUCGUCCAGCUCGCUCAGCAAUGCGUCCAUGUCGAGCGUGAAGGGAGGCUCGGGAGACGAGAUUGACACGGAAAUGUCGACCUCCAAAUCCGAACCCUCGCUGGCGAUGGCUGCGCUGGAUAAGAAGCUGGCCGCCCAGCGCAAGCAAAAGGAGGAAAACAAGGAGAAUCAGCAAACAGCGCCGAUGAAAACGGAAAUGCCUGCCGCCCAGCUUAACAUUUGCUACAAGUUCAUCAACACCGAGACGCGACUGCUGCGAAAGAUUUUGAAUGCGCACGGCAUGGGCGAGAGUGGCCCGGAGUGCAAUGACUUCAAUCUGCUGUGGACGGGAAUACACCUGAAGCCGGACAUAUUGCGUAAUUUAGCCCCGUAUCAAAGAGUGAAUCAUUUUCCCAGAUCCUACGAACUGACCCGCAAAGAUCGUCUGUACAAAAACAUCGAGCGGAUGCAGCAUCUUCGGGGCUACAAACAUUUCGACAUUGUUCCACAGUCAUUUCUACUGCCACAGGACUACAAGGAACUCAUAGCAGCGCACAACAAAUGCCGCGGUCCGUGGAUCGUAAAACCGGUUGCAUCUAGCCGAGGUCGUGGAAUUUUCAUUGUAAACUCGCCGGAUCAGAUAUCGUCGUUCGAGCAGGUCGUGGUGGCAAAGUACAUUUCCGAUCCGCUUUGCAUUGACGGGCACAAGUGUGACAUACGCAUCUACGUUGCCGUGACCUCGUUCGAUCCGCUCAUCAUCUACAUCUACGAAGAGGGUCUGGUCCGGUUGGCGACGGUCAAGUACGACAGGACGGCAGAAAACCUCUGGAAUCCGUGCAUGCACCUGUGCAACUACAGCAUCAACAAGUACCACACCGAUUACAUAAAGUCGAGCAACGCGGGCGAGGAAGAUGUCGGGCACAAGUGGACACUGAGUGCGCUGUUGAGGCACCUCCGCAGCCAGGGCUGCAACACCGAGCAGCUAAUGCUCGCGAUCGAGGAUUUGAUAAUCAAGGCAAUUUUCUCCUGUACGCAACCAAUCGUGUCGGCAUGCCGCAUGUUUGUGCCGCACAUUGGCAAUUGUUUCGAGCUGUAUGGGUUCGACAUCCUGAUCGACGAUAUGCUUAAACCGUGGCUGCUGGAGGUGAACCUCUCGCCGUCACUCGGGUGUGAUACGCCGCUCGAUACAAAGGUGAAGGCUUCGAUGCUGACCGAUCUGCUCACAAUGGUGGGCAUACCGGCCAUCAGCCCGCUGCAGAAGGCGUGCUACGAUAGCAAGGGCCAAAAGAUACGCAACCUUACGACACCCUACCGGCGGGUAAACUCGGCCGAUUUUGUGCACACCACCAGCGGACGGAAGGAAGGUGCUGGAACCGGUGGCAGCGGCCAGCAGCAGCAGGGAAAGGGAGACGGUGGUGGUAAGCUGCAGACGACGCUGAGUGCGCUGACGGCGGAGGAACUGAAGAUUGUGCGCUUUGCGCGAUCCCAGUACGAGCGACGGGGUGGCUUUGUAAGGAUCUUCCCAACAAGCGAUAGCAUGAACCGGUACGGAUCCUUGCUGGACCCAAUCACCGGCAUUCCCACUUCGGCCAUCACGUCUUCGAGCAGUGGCACUUACCUGAUGAUCAUUCCGCACAACUACAAUCAAAUGUUGCACUCGCAGCUGUUUCCACCUGGUAGUGAAACUGAAAAUCGCAUUGUCCACCGCAUCCAGAAGUACGAACGUGCACUGGAAAGCUCGCUACCGAUUACGAUCGGCCCAAAGCACGCGGCCCCCAAAUGUGUCGAUGAGGCGAAGCGGCUGCGAUUGCAGGUGCGCAAACUGAUUGAGAACGGGCACGAAAUGAGCAUUCUGCAAGCGAGGCGUGCCUUCGGCUUCUACCUGGAGUACAUCCUGAAGCGCCUCUCGUCCGAGCCGAAGCACAGCCACGAGGAGCUGAUCAUGAAGUUCUUGUAUCGCGUCGGGGCGCACAUGAAGACGCCCUUUUUCUUUCGCAACUUUGGAAACAAGGCACUGGGCAAAGAUCGUGGCGCUAUGGUAGCGAAGCAGCUGGGCGAUUAUCUGCAUUUGUACAACAAGGAAACCGAAUCGUACGUGGACGUGUUUGACAUCGUCGGCAUGCUGCCGAUCAAGCUGUUCGACGAUUUCCUGAUGCAGGCCGGCGAGGCGGAUCUCGAGUCCGUGCUAACGCUGCACACUAAUCUCACGCAGCAGAUGCCGUUCCUGUACAGUGGCUGCUCGACUAGCGUGCCACCGGCACCUCCCAUCCCGGUUGGUGCGCACGGGUUUCUGAAAGCCCUGCCCAGCAUGGCACCGGGCGGUGCUAACAAGGAGCUCAUCCGGUUGGAUCCGUUCUAUCGACGCGUUGAGAGUAGGCUACCGCUCGGCGCUCGAGUAAGUGGACUGUCCGAAGUGCGCGGAGCGGGCGGUGCAGGGGAAUCGAAAAGCUCGGCAAGGCUCUCGCCCAUGAAAAAGAAACCUCCGAUCGGGAGCAUGGUGAAGUCUUCGCGCGAGCGAGAGCAACGUUCGAACUGGCUCUAUUGAAUUGACGCUAGCGGACGUUGCGUUGUAGACUCGUAAGGGCAUUAUUUAUUUGUUGUAUGUUGUUUUAUAUUUUAUGUUUAGUCGAAUCAUGUGUGCUUUUAGUUCGUGCUAGUUGUAUUGUUUUGUAAAUGUUAUUGUUGUAGGUUUUGUUAUUUUUUUUAAUAUGAAUAUUAUCAUCACGCAACAAAAUGUAUUGCUUAGCUUAAGCGAAAGCAAAAUCACGGCAGCAAUACUCAUUUCACUCAUACGGUUUUUCUAAAGACGGCUGAUAGUAAUCAUAUUGUAGGGCAAAAGAAUGUCGGUUCAUACUGUUCAUAAAAAACGAAUACGAGGCAUCGAUGCCUCGGUAACUAGGCGCAUCAUCAUCAUCCGUUCAGGAUACAAAUUUAGUUCAAAUAACGAUCGAAGAAAUAACGCAAGGAUAUGUUUUUGAUUGUAUGCUGGUCUCAUUUAACCGGAUCGUUUCAUGAGCUACAACUUUGCAUAAAAACAGCACAAAAUAUGAAAGAUUUCUCAUUAAAAUUGAACGAUCAUUUCAUGGCAGCCACACUGAAAACUAUUGUUGGUGCAUAUAGGCGGCCGUAGUUAAUCUGGGUGGCAGUUAACACUGGCUCGCCCCAAAAACGUCUAAAACGUCUAGUCAUGUAUUCCAAAAAUGGUGAAAUUCGUUCGAAAAAAAACAAACAAACAAACAAUACAAUUAACAGGCUGCGUUGUGAUUGAUGCCGGUUGAAGCUAGUGUAGAAAACUGCAACAUUGGCAAAGCGAAUACUGAACCUGUACCAAAAACUGAAUUAGCGAGAGGGCAAACCGAAACGAAUGAAACACAAAUGCAAAACAUUACCCCUCGAUUGUGAUAUGAAAUGAUAUAAGAUACUCAGAUGCUGCUGAAUGGUUGGAUCCACAAACGAACAGAAUACAAACUAGUGCAACAAAUGACAUACAUUUAAGCAGUUCAAACGUAUUCCGUCAUAUAUGAAACGAAAUCAAGUGCUUUUUCCCUCGUCACUCGCACAGGAGUUUUAAUGUGUUUUAGCCAGGUAAACUAAAAAUACAAAGAAAUCAAUGUUUCAACAAACAAAAACAAACAAAUGCAACGAUUGUGAGGCCGUUAAAUGAAAUGCUGCUUUUUAAGCGGCUAAAUGGAAAAGUAAUAAGCACAAAAUACAAAACAUAGUAAUAGUAAUCUACCUUUUUGGGAGAGGAGGAGUAAAAAUUAUUAUACCGCAAGCGUUCAUUGUGUGCUCACGAUGGGCGCAAGUUUAGAGCUAAAAAGCCAUUGCUUAAUAGUAGUAGAAGUUUAAACUGAUGCCUGCUCACUGAUUCGCUUGUUGUAAUAAAUAGCCAGCGAUUUAAGUUUCGGUGUGCAUUGAUUUCAAAUUGUUAGCUUGGCUUGAAAAUAGACACUCUUUGUAACGAUACGAAAGCUAUACGAUGCGUGUGAGCAUGUUUCGAACGUUAUUGGGCGAUCGCCCCUUAAAUAUGCACAAUUUUGAAACAAUUGUUCUUCGGCAUGCGUAAUUAAAUAAUACAAAUCACUCCGACACACACCAAUAGACAACUCCAAAUAGAAAACCAGUUAACCAAAUGAGCACCGUGAGUGAGUGUGCUCAGCAGAAUUUACAAUCAUUAUAGAGCGCUAGUGAUAUAAAAAAAAAUCCGGGCCUGAAGAACACGAAGAGUUUCAGGGCAGCAGCAUAUAUACACGGCACAAACCCUGUUGCUUCGAACAUACAUUUUAAGCGUACAUAAAACAGCACAAUAUUUUGCAAUACUUAACGUUUGAACGAGUAAAUGGUGAUACAUGGUGAGGACUUAAUAGUGCGGCACAAACAUUAUGGUGGAUAAUGCAAAUGUGAGGAUAUUGCAAACGCACCUAGCUCGCUGAUAAGCUUUGCUAUGGGUGAUAAGCAACAACAGUUGGACACCGCACAGGUUUUUAACAUAUUCUUAAGUUUUGUAAUGUGUUUUUUUGUAUUAAUAAUAUUAUUUUAUUGCAACAUGUGGCGCUCACUUACGGACUUGUCUAAGAGUAACAGACAUUCAUACGAUCCGGGUGCAAAGUGUAUCGGAUUAGAGUGCACAAAGCCGGUGCACACGAUACAGUCGUCGAAGCAAAUAUGUGUAUAAGCCGAAGCGAAUGGUUUUCCUAAAAAAAAAUCCUGAAACAGUAAACAGGAAGAGUUUUUUGGUAAAUGAACCGAUAAUAGGAGAAUGCUUUAAACUAUCCAACACAUUGAAGUUUUUUCCAAUCUUUUCAAUAAUAAAAUAAAAUGCCGAUAGGUUGUUUACAGAAAAAAAUCCUUAUAUUUGCAACAGAAUCCACAAAAUAAACUACCAAUUCAAAAAUGA